AGAACAGCGGUGCAACAGUCAAAUGUGUCCGGGUGGAUAUUUAGGUGAAAGGUCUCCAUCCCGCGUUCAGCGUCGGUAAGAGGAGCAGGUCUGACAGCCAUGUCGAAGCAGCCGCAGCCGAUCAGCCCUGUGAAGAACUUCUUCGCCGGAGGGUUUGGGGGCGUCUGCCUGGUGUUUGCUGGACAUCCACUGGACACUAUUAAGGUGCGGCUACAGACUCAGCCGAAACCAGGUCCGGGUCAGUCUCCUCUCUAUGCCGGAACCUUCGACUGCUUCAGAAAGACCCUCGCCAAGGAGGGUGUUAAGGGGUUGUAUAAAGGAAUGGCUGCUCCGAUUAUCGGAGUCACUCCGAUGUUUGCGGUCUGCUUCUUUGGUUUUGGUCUCGGGAAGAAGCUGCAGCAGAAAAGCCCAGACGAUAUCCUCUCGUAUCCUCAGUUGUUUGCAGCCGGGAUGCUGUCCGGUGUUUUCACCACGGCCAUCAUGGCUCCUGGAGAGAGAAUUAAGUGCCUCCUGCAGAUCCAGGCGGCCUCUGGAGAUGUGAAGUAUGCCGGCCCGAUAGACUGUGCGAAACAGAUCUACAGAGAAAAUGGCAUUAGAGGCGUUUAUAAAGGCACCGCCCUGACUUUAAUGAGAGACGUGCCAGCCAGUGGGAUGUACUUUAUGACGUACGAGUGGUUGAAGCACAUCCUCACACCAGAGGGAAGGAGUAUGAGCGUGGAGAUUCCGGCCGGUUUGACGGAUCUGCUGAAGGGCUAUACGGUGGAGGUGCUGAAGCAGAGGCCGUCUGACCUCCUGGAGUUUGCGGUGCAGUAUUUCACCCGCCUGAAGGAGCAGAGAAGUGCUGAAGCAGAGGGGAACCGCCGCAACGCUGAGAUCAGCUGCCGCAACACCAGCAGGUCUCCAGUUCAGAGAGGAGUGGCCUUUGAUAAAGACACAACGCCAACAGAGUCCAGUGAGGAAGAGGAGGACAAGGAAGAUGAGGAAGACGAGGAAGAAGAUGACUUCCCAGACGAUUUCACAUUCAAACCGCCGCCUCCCACUAAGUCCAACCGUAGAGUAUCAGUAUGUGCAGAGGCGUAUAAUCCAGAUGAUGAUGAGGAUGACGACUCUGAGCCGAAGAUUGUCCACCCCAAAACUGACCAGCAACGCUCCAGACUUCAGGAAGCCUGCAAAGACAUACUGCUGUUCAAAACUCUGGAAAAGGAACAGUUCGCAGAGGUUUUAGAUGCUAUGUUUGAGGUGCUGGUGAAGCCACAAGAGCACAUCAUCGAUCAGGGAGACGAUGGAGAUAAUUUCUAUGUCAUUGAGAGAGGUGUGUAUGAUAUAGUGGUGAAGAUGAAGGAUGGAGUGAGCCGCUGUGUGGGGAAGUAUGAUAAUAAAGGCAGUUUUGGGGAGCUGGCGCUGAUGUAUAACACUCCACGAGCGGCCACCAUCAUCGCCACCCAGUCGGGGGCGCUGUGGGCUCUGGACAGAGCAACGUUCCACAGACUCAUCGUGAAAAAUAACGCCAAGAAAAGGAAAAUGUACGAGGCCUUCAUCGAGUGUGUUCCCCUGCUGAAGUCACUUGAGCUGUCUGAGCGGAUGAAGAUUGUUGACGUUUUAGGAGCGAGAGCUUACAAAGAUGGAGAGCAGAUUAUUAAACAGGGCGACGAGGCCGACUGCUUCUACAUAGUGGAAUCUGGAGCUGUGAAGAUUCUGAUCAAGAGCAAAACUAAAGCAGGUCAGAGGGGUAACGAGGAGGUGGAGGUCGCCCGCUGCAGCAGGGGGCAGUAUUUCGGAGAGCUGGCGUUGGUCACUAAUAAACCGAGAGCUGCGUCUGUCUACGCUGUGGGAGAGACCAAGUGUUUAGUGAUCGAUGUCCAGGCGUUCGAGCGCUUGCUGGGCCCGUGUAAAGAGAUCCUGAAGAGAAACAUCGCUUCGUACAAGGAGCAGCUUGUCGCGCUGUUCGGAUCCAGUGACGAUCUAAAACACUGAGGGCUGCUUCGUUAAGCAGGAUGUGAAAGUUAGCUGGAUCAGUUAAACCCAAAGUGGGGACUGUCCCGUAGGAAAUUCUGCUUAGCUCUUCUUCUAUGGGCAGUUCUGAUUUGGAGCUAAAUCCACGUGGCGAACUGAGAAAUCCUGCUUCAUAUAACAUCCACCAGGGACUGCACCUUCAGACAAAAGGCCAUGCUCUGCUUCUCCAAUAGGGGGCAGCAUUCUAGCAUUCAGCUACAAUGCUUAGAGAAAUGGUUCCAUCGAUGCUCAUGUUGCUAACAAUGAAAGAAAGUGAAUAGCCACCAAUUAGCAUUAUUCAUGCUAACUAAUGGCUUCCAUAGAUACACAUACCCAGAUUCCGCAUUAGGUCCAGCCAGGCUUGUCAACAGUGCUGCCAUAUUGGGGAGGUCAACACCGCUGCUGGACUGCAUUCAGUAGCAUUACAGAGCGGCAGUUUAAGAAGGAUCCUGUCCAGAAUUCCACUUUUUCAGGAAUAUCGCUUGGAGAAAGUGGGAUAGGGUUAUAUAACGGAGGGAACGCAGUGAUCCGCGCUCAUGUCUGUGUGAGGUUUGUGUGUAGAUGUGAUCGUGUGGUUGGUGAAGCUCAGAGAACCUGAUGAUGUGGUUGUCUUUCCUCUGGUUUUAUAUUACGCUUAUUUUAUUUAAUGGUCUAUUCAGGGUCUUAACUCGAUGUAGUAGUUAUUGAUUUACAGUGAUGGUUAAAGCUGUUAGCACCUUCUUACACAAAGCUGAAGUCAGAUUCUUAUUUGCGGAACGGGAUAACUCGAACAAGAAGCUGGCAAAUAGGAAGCCAACUUCAGCUUCGUCCUUCUUACUGUGUUUUGGAGGUUAAUUUUUAUGUGUAUUAAGAUCAGAAGUGGUGGGAACUGAUGUGUGUUAGAUUGUGCUUCAAGCGCUAAACUCAGACUGAAUACUUUCCUGCUGGUCCUGCUGGACGGCUAAUUAUCACGAUCAGUUAUUAAAGUAACAGAAGCUGCCGAGACCAGGCCGUGCAGAUUAAACACAGCUCUGAGGAUUAUAACUAAACAGAUCUGGUGAAAAUCAGUUGAGUAGUAAGGAAGUCGUGGCCGAUUUAAUGCUGAGACUCUUCGUCUCUCAAUACAAGUGAAUCUGUUCACGAGCAGAUCUUGACCUCUCCAACAUGGCGGAUGCGCAGACGUAUCGCCUCACAUAGAGAACAGAGGACAACACAGCAUUUAGGAAUGUAAAUCUGUGGUGGCUACUAGUUUCUGGUUAUUGGUAGUGGGUAACACCUCUGCCUUCUACACUGUAGACUGGGGUUCAAUCCCCACCUGGGCAAACACUCUA